CACUAUGAGUGGGAGAUCGCAGGACGUAACAGCUGUGAGCGCGAAACACUGCUCGUCCCUUACCGUCGGUUGUAAUUUUAUAUAAACACUGAAAAUCGUACGAUGCUGAGGCACACUGGCUGAACAAGGGCUGUUUCGAUGAAAAAAACCGCAUAUACCACUCAGUUUCAAGUGCUAAAGUGUGUAAAGUGAGUUACGAAAGAGCUACCAAAAUAUCGAUUUUAUAUGUUUCUAAUCGACAAAACUAGUGGCGUUGUGCUCUGACUGUGCUAUUUGGGAUCGUUUUAUAGGAAUUUUUGACUAGUAGCAUAGGUGUUGUAAAGUUUGCUAAAUAUCUACGAGAAAUCGAUAAUCGCUUGAAGGUAAUUUCGUUCGCUUGCGUUGGUGGAUGUGAAAGAGACAGCAAUACACGGCGUGCUACAGUCCAACGCUAGUAUCAUUCGAACGAUAAAAAAUAAAUAUCCAGUGAUAUUAAAAUCUCCCUUCUUUGUUUACCUGUGGAACAUUGAUAAAAGAUGGCUGGUGGUGGCGAUCCAAAAUGGCAGAAGGAUGCAGCGGACCAGAACUUCGACUACAUGUUCAAACUGCUCAUCAUAGGAAACAGUUCCGUAGGAAAGACUAGCUUCCUGUUUCGCUACGCAGACGAUUCCUUCACUUCUGCUUUCGUGUCUACCGUCGGAAUCGACUUCAAGGUGAAGACUGUCUUCCGUCAUGACAAACGUGUCAAACUUCAGAUAUGGGACACUGCAGGUCAGGAACGCUACCGCACCAUCACAACAGCGUACUACAGAGGGGCGAUGGGUUUCAUCCUAAUGUACGACAUUACCAAUGAAGAGAGCUUCAACAGCGUUCAAGACUGGGUAACACAAAUCAAGACGUACUCGUGGGAUAACGCGCAGGUGAUCCUAGUAGGCAACAAGUGCGACAUGGAAGAGGAGCGUGUGGUCAGCGCCGAGCGCGGCAGACAGCUCGCCGAGCAGCUUGGUGUCGAGUUCUACGAGACCAGCGCCAAGGAGAACAUCAACGUUAAGGCUGUCUUCGAGCGUUUAGUGGACAUUAUCUGCGACAAAAUGUCAGAGAGUCUGGAUUCGGAGCCAGCGAUGCUGGCCGGAGGGGCUCGCGGGCAGAGGCUGACCGAGCAGCCGCAGGGCAACCCCGCAGCCAACUGCAACUGUUAAUAUUACUCCAUGUUGCUCUCAAAUUUCACCAGUAUCCGAUACCAUGACAGAUCUUUUCUCAGAAUUCUACAGAAUUUUCACAUUCCACCGAUAUAAAAGUAAUAAUAAAAUUAUCUAUUAAUAUUAUAAAUUACGAAUCUGAAAAUCUCUGUCGUGUGUGUCCACAGUAGGUUUUACCAUUUUAAUUUUUCAAUGAGUACUUAAAUAUUGUUUAAGAAUUUCAUUUAUUUGCGUAUUACACGUCUAAAUGAUAGUCACAAUUGCGUUAUUUUUUUAUUUAGAUUAAAUAGAGAAUUUCAGUAUAAAAGUGUGCUUAUUUGAAAUGAACCCCGGUAAUCCAAUAAGUAAAAAUUUUAUUGUUGCAAGGAAUUGCUGUAUUAUUUACGAAAUGUUUAGCAAAAUUUUAUCUUUCACGACGUUUUCAAACAAAUAUUAUUUAAAAAAACGACGUUUUGAAAAUUGUUAAAACUUGUGUAACAAUAAAGGAAAUAUGUAUUAGUAUUAUUAAUUCUAUAGGUGUUAGGUAGCUAUUAUCUAUGUAUAUUGCGAGCUGGAGUAGGGAUCUGAGAUUUCUGAUAGUUGUUAAAUUUUUAUCUUUUAUGAAUUUAUGGAAUUCAGGUAUUAUUUCGUUUUGUUUACUUAGCUUAAUCAUUGUGUUGAGUUAAUAUAAUUUAAAGGGCUAAAUUAAGAUUUAUUAUAGAGUCACAACGAUUUGUUGGUAAGCAGAAUAUUUUUAUUAUUUUACAUGUCAAUGUAAAAAUUCACAUCUUAUUAAUAUAGAAAUAGACUUGUGGAGAUUGGACCAAAGUCAAAUUUCACGUUUUUGAUUUGCUAAGAUGAUUUUAUACGGCGCAAAGUAGCAUAUAUAUUUGUGUACCCUAAUUUCUUAUGUUAGAGUUCAUUUACCACUUGCAUUAGCUUCCAUAUCUAUUUUAGAUUUAAUGUGUGUUGUUAUUACACAAUAAUCUUGAUAGAGAUCUGUUGCUUUAUUAAUAUAGUAGUAAUUAGUGAAUGUUAAUAUUGUUAUACUUUGGCGUGAUCCUAAUCUCAUCGCUGUAUGGAUGUUACUACGUGUCUCCAUAUUACGUAUAACUGAUGCUUCAAAUUCUUGGCCUGCAAAAUUAAUGUUUGAAUAAAACCAUGUAUUUUCUAUAACGCUACGAUUAGUGUUUGUAAAUACGUUUACCAGUGUAUAAAUAAACAACUGUAUAGUAUUAUAUAUCUACGUACAUAUAAAUCUGUUUGUAUUCUUGUUACCUAAUUAUGCUAUGUUAAUAUCUAACUAUAGGUGUUUAUUUAAUCACAAUCGUUAGUGUGUAAGACAUUCUCAUCUACUGGUUUAGUUUCCUUGCGUUGUCACAGUGUAUAUCACGAUUCGUCAAAAAAUAUUUGGACAUUAAUUUUAAUCAAUUCUAGAAUCUUUGUACUGGUCGUGGUAGUUAUGACAAAUUUCAUAGUCACUAGACUAGAUAUUUAUACAAAUAAUGAAAAGUUUUAACCAAACAUAAUUUCCAGGCAUUUUUGACGAAUACAGAUAUGAAUAACAGCCCACGCAGUAUCCUGUGACUAUUCGCAAAGUGUCUCUAUGUCACAUAGGACUAACACUAGGCAUUUAUCGGUAGAUGACAUAGACAAUACAAUUUAUAUCAAAUUAUUUUGAAACGUGAGCACAUUAUUAUGUUUUAGAUUAUUAUAUUGAAUAAUCAUUAGAAUACUUACGAUGUGUAAUAAUUUGAAAAGUUAUAAACAAAUAUACGUACAUAAUUUUAUUACCUACUUAUGAUAACUUGAGCGAGCCAAUUGUUUAAUCGUCGCUUUGAACAGAAAUAUUCUCAAAACUUAUGACAAAUUAUGAAAAAUACUUAUGACGCCAAAUUUAUGAAUAUACAUAAUACAUAUUAUAUUUCAAGGUUGAAUUAGAAUAUUGGAAUAUUCUACCAAAUAAAUUUGAUAUGCGCUGCCAUUAAUUACUUAUUCGCUGAAGGCUUUGUUUAACCUGUAAAUUUUGAUCAUGUGAAUGUCAAUUUGGCGAAAUCAAUUACAGAGACUCGACCAACGGUAAGUAGCUAAAGAUACUCUGCAAAUGGUAUUGUUAACUCAGAUUUAAAUAAACUUGUACUAGUAGAGGUAUCGUAUCUAGCAAUGUGUGUGAGUCCUGUAGAGGGCACGAAAGAGGCAUAUCGUAGUGACGGGCUUUACGUAGAAUUGUUUAGCAGAAACUCACUGUAAUUUAGCAUUUAAUUUCUCACAACACUAGUAUAAAUGUUUGGCGUAUCAGAGUAAUAUCCCACGCCAGCACCUUCGUCUCUUCUGUUAUACUAAGUGUAUUCGUAACAAGCUUUUCUGGAUACGACAAAUUGAUAAUCGACUAGCUGUACUCCAUAAUUGUAUGUUAAUAUUUGUUGUGUGUUAAUAAAGGAAUUAUUUAAAAAUACACCCGUGUAAAAGAUUCACGAAUAUUAUAUAUAAUAUAUUAAA